AACACCAGAUGGCGACAGUGAGCGUCCGAAUGUUUUGGCGCAAAGCGGAAGUCGUCACAACUGUCCGCCUUAAAGAAGUUUAAUGUUGCUGCAGGAGAGUAGACCAGCUGCUGAAAAAGUAACGUUAUUGAUUAAACGUGUUGUUAGUGAUUCAUUUUGACGUAUCUAAUAAUAAUAACAAUAAUAACUCAACGAAUUAGCAUCGUACUUAGCGGCUUCAAAGUGGAUAACCCCGAAGAAGUCACACAGGAAUGUUGUGCUAACCUGUUAGCUAAUGUUAGCAAGUGUAGCUAAACCGUUAACUUAGAUUGUAACGUUAACGCUACGGUCACGAAUUAACGUUAAAUUCACGUUAGGUUAUUCUUCUAACUUGCUGACUAGUUUCUGGAUUAACGCCCACUUUAAAUGGAUGAGCACAAGGAGAACAUUCACGCCGAGGACGUCAAUGUGAAGAUGUCGAACACAAGAGAAAAGGCAGAAAAGGCAAAGCCUUGCAGCAGGAUAUGUCCUGAUGAAGAAUCUGCUCCUCAGGGGUCCCCGUCUCAGUCUAACAGCGACUUCAGUCAUCCGGUGUACAAAGAGAUCGCUCUGGCUAAUGGACACAUCAACCGCAUGUCCAAGGAGGAGCUUCGGAUCAAGUUAGCAGAGCUGCAGCUUGACACAAGAGGUGUAAAGGAUGUGAUGAAGAAGAGGUUGAAGAGCCACUAUAAGAAGCAGAAGCUUCUGCAGUCUGCGUCUGAGGGAGGACCCACUGACACCUACUACGACUACAUCUGCGUGGUGGACUUUGAAGCAACAUGUGAAGAGGAUAAUCCCUCAGACUUCCAUCAUGAAAUCAUUGAGUUCCCCAUGGUUCUUAUCAACACGCACACCUUAGAAAUUCAGGUGGACUCCUUUCAGGCAUAUGUGAAACCAGAGUUGAACCCACAGCUUUCAGACUUUUGUGUGAAGUUAACAGGAAUAACCCAGAAAAUGGUGGAUGAAGCAGAGCUGUUUCCAGCCGUACUCCAGCGGGUCGUCGCUUGGCUUCAGGAGAGGGAGCUCGGGACAACAUACAAAUACGCCAUCCUAACUGACGGGGCCUGGGAUAUGAGCAAGUUCCUCAACAUCCAGUGUCGGCUUAGCCGGAUCAGAUAUCCUCAGUUUGCAAAGAAGUGGAUCAACAUCAGGAAAUCAUACGGGAACUUCUACAAGGUCCCCCGCACACAGACGAAGCUGAGCACCAUGUUGGAGAAGUUGGGUCUGAAGUACGAAGGUCGUCCUCACUCUGGGCUCGACGAUUCACGCAACAUCGCCAGGAUAGCUCUGCGCAUGCUGCAGGACGGGUGUCAGCUGCGCGUCAACGAACGCAUCCACGCCGGCCAGCUGCUCUCCGUUCCCAGCUCAGCUCCUGUGGAAGGAGCCCCUGCACCACACAACCCCCGCAGCAGGGACUAGACCCGGCAACUCUUUACCCCUGAGUUGCAGAAAAGGAAAAAGAUCCAGAGCACUUUUAUGGUCUUCAUGUCAAGUUGUAACUUUUUUGUUUUGGAGCAUAAAAGCUAUAGGUGGUAAAGAGUAUAAAUGGGGUCAACAUUUUCAUAUGUGAGGGUUCCUCUCAGACCACAACUCCAUUUAUUUUUACACCAGAUGUCUAAACACGGAGAUCAUUCCAGUGUGCUGUGGGAGGAUUUCCCCCUUUCAGUGUUAUCACCCUUCCUUAUCAAGCUGCUAAUAUUCAACAAACAACA